CUGUCAAAUAAAAAAUAAUUUUAUCUUUUUCUAGAAAAUCAUAUUUUGGGGUCUUGAAAUCAUGAUUCUUUAAUGACGUUGUUGUACGAUUGCGUUUCUUGUAACGAGGUACGUUGGAGUCUCUCUAAUUCAAAAGAUUCUUGUUAGUUUUUCAUGCUUAUACCGGGUUUCUGAGCAACCAUGAGCUCUCAUGGAAAAGUGGAGACAGAUAGACUCAAGAAGAAUCUUGAGGAACAACUUGAUAGACUCGUGCAACAGUUGGAGGAUCUGGAGGAAUGCAGGGAUGAAUUGGAUACAUCCGAGUAUGAUGAGACUAAGGCAGAGACUAUGGAGCAACUUCGAGAAUUUAGUGAUAGCUUACAGCGAAUGAUCUCUGGAGAUAUGACUUUAAUUGAUCAGUUGGGAGCUAUGCAGCUCGCUACCCAGGCAGCAAUCAGUGCAGCAUUUAAAACACCAGCAGUGAUCAGAAUGUUUGGUAAGAGGGAACCAGGACAACUAAGGGAACGUUUGACCCAUAUUGAGAGAGACUUUAAACUGGGAAAGAUUUCUAAAGAGGCCAGUGACCGACAACGUGGUGAAAUUUUGAGUGCUCUCAGACAACUUGGAGAAAAGUUGGAACAGUCCGAAUUACAAUUAUUGGAAAGGUUGUCUCUAGGUAAUGUGGAAGCUACAAGUUUUAUACAAGUGAGUGAGAGCACAGAGAAAGGGCAAAUAGCAUUGGCCAUGGCCAGUGAAGAAGUGAGAGCUAAUCAGGGUAUGUGAAUUUUUUCAAUGAAAACUACUUUAAGUUUACCCAUAUGCAUCACUGAGCUUUUCUAUUUUAAAUGUACUUGAAACAUUUUCCACUGGAAAGUAACUAUUGCAAAGUGUUUUUGUAUUCAUCCAUUAUACAUUAAUAUUAUUUUAAAUGUCUUCUUUAAGUAUGUGGAAUACCUAAUAAAUUGAAGAACAAUA